AUGCCUGAGUAUCUCCACCAAAUUCACCUGGAAGGAAAAUUCCCUUAUGUCAUUAUGUCUAAUGAAGCACUGAGUCUUAAACAUGAGAGCAGAAUAUAUGGAACAGGCAUCGGGAACAGCGACCCUGAGCGAGCAGGCACUGGUGUGCCCACCUCGGGGUACUGUCUCUGCAGCAGUAGCCCAAAUGCUAAUGUUUUCAAGAAAAAAGGGGGGAAAACAAGAAUCUUAGAAACAAAGUUUUGUAUCAAGGGGAGGAAAGGAACAGAAAACAUCCUGGCUUCUACAGAAAUAAAUGACAGCGAGGGUCACCCAAGCAGCAGCCACCAAACCUUGAAAGGAACCUCAAAAUGGGCUACAUCACUGGAGAACCUCCUCGAAGAUCCAGAAGGAGUGAAAAGAUUUAGGGAAUUUUUGAAGAAAGAAUUUAGUGAAGAAAACGUUUUGUUCUGGCUAGCAUGUGAAGAAUUUAAGAAAACACAGGGCAAAAAACAGAUGCAAGAAAAAGCUAAAGAAAUUUACAUGACUUUCCUGUCCAGUAAAGCUUCCUCCCAAGUCAAUGUUGAAGGACAGUCCCGUUUGAAUGAGACCAUUUUGGAGACACCUCACCCUCUCAUGUUUCAGAAGCUCCAGGACCAGAUAUUCAAUCUCAUGAAAUAUGACAGCUACAGCCGCUUCUGAAAGUCAGACGUAUUCCUAAAUCAUAAGAAGUCUGAGGAGCAAGAGGAGAAUUCACCAGAGGCUCAGACUGCAGCUAAAAGAGCAUCAAGAAUUUACAACACAUGAUAGAAUGAAUCUCUUCAGGAGAGGCAAUACAAUAACUAAAUUACACUCAGGAACAGUCUAGGUUUAUAG